AUGAGAGAUUAUAAAAUUGUGGUAUUAGGUGCCGGUGGGGUAGGUAAAUCCUCCGUCACGGUACAGUUUGUACAAGGGGUAUAUGUAGAAAGUUACGAUCCCACCAUAGAAGAUUCAUAUAGAAAGCAGAUUGAAAUCGAUGGAAGGGCCUGUGAUUUAGAAAUCUUGGAUACGGCUGGGGUAGCACAAUUUACGGCUAUGAGAGAAUUAUAUAUCAAGAGUGGGAAGGGGUUUUUGUUGGUCUAUUCCGUUACUGAUGAAAACUCGCUUAAGGAAUUAUUGGCAUUACGAGAACAAGUUUUAAGAAUCAAGGAUACUGACAAUGUCCCUAUGGUUCUUUUGGGUAACAAGUGUGAUUUGGAAGAGGACAGAGUUUUAAGUAUAGAAGAUGGGGUUAAAGUUAGUCAAGAUUGGGGAUUGGUUCCAUUUUAUGAAACUAGUGCCAUGUACAAGACUAAUGUUGAUGAAGCAUUUAUUGAUGUUGUUCGACAAAUUAUGAGAAAGGAGGCAGCCAUUAGUGCCGAAAAGAAACAACAAAAGGAACAGCAAAAAAAGUUACAAGAAAACACUAAAUCGCCAAUUGAAAUUAAUGGUGAUAUAAAUAAGGAGAAAGUUUCUGAGGCCACAACCAAGACUCCAAGGGCCAAGCAAUCAGCAAUUGAUCCAGCAAAGCCAAAGUCUCAAAGUAAAUGUUGCACAAUAAUGUAA